UCUCUGCGACUGUGCCAAACCAAGUGCGUCCGUGUCUGCGCCAUUAUGGCUCGUUGGUGUGUGUUUGCGUAAAGGCGCCAUAGUUGUGGCUGACCUGCCUCUCCUCUUCCUCACACCCCCUCCUCUUCCCCUGUGAUAGUCUCUGCCUCUCUUGUUCGCAGAGUUCGUGUGCGCGCUGCUCCACUGCGGUCCGUCUCUUGCGCAUGCAGAGACUUCGCGUCGGAGUGUCCCCACCUGCUCGCGCUCGGACAAACAAUCAACUCCAGCAUUAGUAUAUAUGUUUUUUUUUUCUAGACAAACAAAAACAACAACACUUUGGAUUUACUCCUUUCCCCGAACAACUCUCGUCUUCGGAAUCGACAGAGAAGUAGGGGGGGGAUAACCGGGACAUAUUGUUUUUUUUUCCCAGUGAGAAGUAAUCACACGCAGCUGCACCGCGGAGAGAGAGCAGAGCAGAGGGAAGCGCCGUCUGUCCAGUGUUUGCAGCAACACUCCAAGUGAAAAUCCGCCUGGAAGCUAUACAGUUAUUUAUUUUGACUUCAGGAGGAAGCUGUGGAGCUCGUCGCCGCAGUUUUGUUUCUUUGCGAGAGAGAGAGCGAGGCAGAGAGAGAGGAAAAGAAACGAUAUGCGGCAGCUGUUUUUGCAGUUGCUCUCCUGGAAUUAGUGGAUGGAUGGUUAAAGGGAGCGGCUGUCGCCUUGUUGGAGCGGGGAAACUGAAUAUACUGUAUACAGAGCCCGCGGUGGUGCGCAAUGGAUACUCGUCCGUCUCUGAAGGAAACAGCUCGUGGUGUUUACAACUGAUGCUAGUUAGGAGGUGAAAGAGUGAACAGAUGAGGUGGACCACUUCUUCCUCAGCACACAAAAAUCACCUUGCAAACACUCAUCUGUGGGAGGAGGAGAACGACUUGGGAUUGUUUGUUGCCCGCAAGAGGAAUUCAAGGGUGACCUUAUACACGACUGACCGAGACAGAUGCGACAGCAACUGAAAUAAGCUGUUGUAUGAAUCAGAGUCCCACCUUCUGGCAAUGACUCAGCAUGUGCUUGGAUAUCUGACCUGACCAAAACACUGAUUACUGCUCACCUUGCUCUUUGAGUGUGAAUGUGUGGUCGUGAAGUAUUUCUAAGGGGCCAUAUGGCACAAUCCCAAGAUUUAUAGGUCCACUGUCUAUGAUCUAACAUGGACAAAGUGGUCAUCAGUCUCCUGCUUCUGGGAACCACAGUCAUGAUGGUCAACGCAUGUCCCAAAUACUGUGUUUGCCAGAACCUCUCAGAGUCUCUAGGGACUCUGUGCCCCUCCAAAGGCCUGCUCUUUGUCCCACCGGACAUCGACAGGCGAACUGUGGAGCUCCGGCUGGGCGGCAACUUCAUCCUCAAGGUCACCACUCAGGACUUUGCCAACAUGACAGGCCUGGUGGAUUUAACCCUGUCCCGCAACACCAUCAGCACCAUCCAGCCUUUCUCUUUCAUUGAUUUGGAAACCCUGAGAUCCCUGCACAUGGACACUAAUCGAUUGACCGAGCUGGGACCGGACGAUCUCCGAGGACUGAUCAACCUGCAGCACCUGAUACUCAACAACAAUCAGCUGAGUUGGAUCUCUGACACAGCCUUUGAUGAUUUGUUACUGACACUAGAGGAUCUGGAUUUGUCAUAUAAUAACUUGCUCAGUGUGCCUUGGGACGCCAUCCGCAAAAUGGUCAACCUCCAUCAGAUGAGUCUGGAUCAUAAUCUCAUCGCCUUCAUAGCUGAAGGGACUUUUACUGAUCUGGAAAAGCUUGCCCGUUUGGACCUAACUUCAAACCGUCUCCAAAAGCUCCCUCCGGACCCUAUCUUUGCACGCUCCCAGAGCAAUGUUGUGUUGAGCACACCUUACGCACCCCCACUCUCCCUGAGCUUUGGUGGAAAUCCACUGCACUGCAAUUGUGAAGUGCUUUGGCUGCGAAGGCUGGAACGCGAUGAUGAUAUGGAAACCUGCGCUUCUCCUGCGAGUCUAAAGGGACGCUACUUUUGGUCUGUUCGUGAGGAGGAGUUUGUUUGUGAGCCACCUUUGAUCACACAGCACACACACAAGUUGCUUGUUCUGGAAGGCCAAACAGCUAGCUUGCGCUGUAAAGCUGUUGGUGAUCCAAUGCCAACUGUGCAUUGGGUUGCUCCUGAUGAUCGUUUGAUUAGCAACUCCUCAAGAGCUACGGUGUAUGAGAAUGGAACCCUGGACAUAACAAUCACCACAUCCAAGGAUUAUGGUAUCUUCACUUGCAUAGCUGCUAAUGCAGCUGGUGAAUCUACAGCCUCUAUUGAGUUGUCAAUUAUUCAACUCCCCCAUCUGAGUAAUGGUACAAACCGUACCACACAACCCAAGUCUGGGCUUUCUGACAUAACUAGCUCUACCAAGAUAAGUAAAGGGGAGCCAAAACCUCUGCCAGAGAAAGCAGUAUCUGUGUCUGAAGUGACUGGCAUGUCAGCUCUGGUCAAGUGGACUGUUAGCAAAUCAACUCCAAAGGUCAAAAUGUUUCAGCUUCAGUACAAUUGUUCUGAGGAUGAAGUUCUUAUUUACAGGAUGAUUCCCAUGACACACAGAGCAUUCGUUGUCACAAAUCUUGUCCCAGGGGUGCAGUAUGACCUCUGUGUCUUAGCCAUUUGGGAAGACACUGCCACCACCCUCACUGCCACCAACAUCGUUGGCUGUGUCCAGUUUAUCACCCCUGAGGACUACCCACAAUGCCAGUCCCUUCAUGGUGGAUUCAUGGGGGGGACCAUGAUACUGGUCAUUGGCGGCAUCAUUGUGGCAACACUGCUUGUGUUCAUCAUCAUCCUCAUGGUGCGCUACAAGGUGACCAACGGUAUCCACACUAAUAAGUUACCCACUAUGAGCAACACAUACUCCCAAACCAAUGGAGGGUUGAACAGGUUCAACGGUGCACCGCCACAGGUCAAGUCUACAGUAGUCGUCAUGCGUGAGGAAAUGGUCGAGUUCAAGUGUGGAUCCCUCCAGAGCAGCCUCUCCUCAUCAUCCUCCUCCUCUAACUCAUUAGACAGCCAAACAGGCAGAGGGGCUGGAGGUCGCUACAGCAUGCAAGGCAGUGAAUGCAGCACCCUACCCAGCACCAAAUUCCGGCGGCACGGCCAUGGCUCCAAGGCACGACCAAACCUGGACCACCUUUUAGGGGCGUUUACUUCCCUGGAGCUGCGAGGGGCAGCGAGGGACCAUCAAGGGACAUCUGGGCCUUCCACCACGUCCAAUACUAUGACCACGGUGGCUAUGGCUCCUCUGUCUGACAAAGAACCACUGCUAGGAAGGGCUGAGUCCACCACCAUGCUCGGACGUCUCCUAGGAUACCCCCAGGAGGGCAAGCCCAAGAGGAGCCACUCAUUUGAUAUGGGCCAUGUGGGGGCUGCACAAUGUCGCAGCAGCUACCCUCGCAGGAUCAGUAACAUCUGGACUAAACGCAGUCUUUCUGUUAAUGGCAUGUUGCUGCAGUACGAUGACGGUGAGGAAGAGAAGCCCCCUUUUGAGAGCUCCGAGUGGGUGAUGGAGAGCACAGUUUGAGUACAGGAAAAAAUGUUCAUGGUUUACGGAACUAUAAACUUAUAUCAGGAACUUAAGGAACAUGAGUGCAGAGGGAGGGGUGUUUUAAUGCGAACUUUGGGUAUUGCAUGAAAUUCAUCCAUGUGAAUACUAAGUCUAAGUUUAUAUGUGUGAAAAGACACUGGAAAACGAUUCUGGGCUGUGAUCCCAAACACUCUAAAAUUCUCUUUCUGUAUUUCAAAAUAAAUAUUCCUAUUUGAGACAAUGCAGGAUCUUGGAUUGUGCAGACUCUACAUGAAUCAAAUGGAAUAAUUGCGAGUCCACGGGGCACAGGACAGGAUCCCUGAGAAAAGAUGAGGAAAAAGUAAGAUGAGAACAUCUAAGUGGAUUAUCUACAUAUUUAUCAGAAGAGAGCUGCCAAUGUGGAACUCGACCGAACCCUAAUCACAGUGUUGUGGAUCCUCGGCAUGAUUUGGGACUACUACUACACGUGAGGACCAAAGGAGCGGGUAGAAAAUUAAAACAAAGUCAUCUUUAUUUUCAUCUGGGUUUUGUAUCAUUUUUAUUACUAUUUAUUAUUUGAAUUUAUUCAUCAGCAGGCAGCGGCGCAGCCCUGUGCAGAGGUUGUAGUUGUCAGCAAGGAUCAAACACACAUGUGCUACAGUAUCCCUUCACAUAUGGCCAUCUCACAUCAUUUAGCAGUGCUUUCAAGGAAGUUUCAGUCACUAACUGGCAUAAUGAGAAAUAAGGGCCCGUUCAUAUGCAGCGUCAUUUGCAAGCACAUUAUUUUUUAAUGAAGAUGCAUGCACGUCGCAACCUGCGCAACAUGUUUUUUUCUGGUUGCCUCCAUGUCACACCAAGAUAAAAAAAAAAUAUAUAUAUAUAUAUAAACUUUUUGGAAUGCAGCAAGUGGUUUCAUUGCAUUUUUAUAUACAUGGGCCAAAGAAGUAGGUCAAAGUAGGUUUUUGUUGACUCUGAAAUGAGCUUUGAUCCUCUCAUCAUCCAUACAAGGUUUUCCUGAAUCAGUUGGUGAAGGACAAAAUGACACAGGCGUGGCAAGAUUUUCUCCACACACAUUGUUUGUGUUUUGAUUUUCAUUCAGUAAAGCUGCAGCAACAUCAGUCAUCUCAGCAGCUCCCAGGUUUUGGGGUUGCUUAGUUACGACGGAUGGUACAGAAGCGCAAUCCCAUUUGUUGAAAAACACCUCUGGCUUCUUCAAUGUGUGUUUCAAACAUUUGUAGAUGCUAAUUGUUCUACUUCUUAGAUAUGAAAAAUAAACUUUAACACAAGAAGAAAGCCUCAGGUUAUAUAAGGUUAUUGAUAUUACAGAAAUGAAUGAAUAGUCUCCAAUGACUUGUGUUUCCAGCUUAGGUUAAAUUCCUGCUGUAACAAAAAAUAUCUCUCCGAAUGCUUUGAUAUUGUCCCUCCAUUGAUUAUCACUGGCGACAUGAGUCCCAGCAGGCUGUUGCUGUAAGCAGAGUGUUCUCUCAGGGUUUGGUUUCAGAUGCUAUCAGAACAUACUAAAGUAGCAAGAUGUGAAUGUUCUUUGAACUCCAUGAGAUCCACUUAACCACUUGAUGUAUCGUUCGGCUGUUGUGCACCAUUCGACUGUAAUUCUCUGCAGAUCACACAAACAAGACCGUAAGACAGUGACUCAUUUAGCUGGGUAAAAUGGAGGAAUGAGUAAGAAACUAUAAUGUAAUAAAUAUAAUUCUGCUGCACAGGAGAGGUCAGAGGACAUAAAGGGGAGGACAAAAUAGGAGAAAGAUACUUUACUUAACCGAACAGUUUAUGACUUUAAGUCUUUAAUUUGUUGUAUUGUGAAUCAACUCAUCAGAGCGAUCAUUAAUCUAUCUUUGAUUCUCCUUCAGAUUGCAGUGUGACACUUCAACCACGGCAUCCCCACACAUUCUGAUGCCUUUCUCAAAACCCUCUGCUGCAUUUCCAUGAUGUGGGGUGGUCAUCAUUAUUAUGAUUUUUAUUUAUAAUUUUAUGUUUUUGUUUCCUUCCCUAGGUGUACUGUUCUGUAUAUUGGCAUUUUUGUAUAAUAAUUGGGUGAGAAUGUAAAGGGGGGGCCAGAGUGUCGUGAAAUAGUACUUUUAUUUUCAUGUUAAGCAAACAGUGAGAAGGUGCUUUACUGUGGUGUACCAACUUGGUCAUUUUUAGUUGGCUCACUGGAACAGUGUUUUUACAUGACACCAAGAGUGAGAAGUGAAGGACUGGCUAGUUUUUACAGCCCAUUCACCCAAAUUACGAAAGUAAAGAAAGGUUGUUGUCCAGUAUCUUACAACCUCUAGUUGUACUCACAUGCAAAUAAGCUUGGUUUUAUUUGCACAUGGUUUGGGAUACACCUCUAUUGCAUUCAUGUCAAUGUAUCAUAGGUAAGGGAGUGCAUGUAUAUCAUAUCCGUUGUUCCUUUAUGGAGUUUUAAAUUUGCAAAUAAAAA